AUGGGGACACAGGUCCUGCAGGGCGUCCUCGUCCUCCUCUUACUCCCGCUGCCACUACCGCGUGGGGUCUUGGCAGGGAGCCUGCACAACCCAGGCCUGUCCGAGUGCUUCCAGGUGAACGGCGCCGACUACCGCGGCCAUCAGAACCACACGGGCCCGCAGGGAGCCGGCCGCCCCUGCCUCUUCUGGGACCAGACGCAGCAGCACAGCUUCAGCAGCGCCAGCGACCCCCAGGGCCGCUGGGGGCUGGGCGCCCACAACUUCUGCCGGAACCCUGACGGGGACGUGCAGCCCUGGUGCUACGUGGCAGAGACGGAGGAGGGCAUCUACUGGCGCUACUGUGACAUCCCCACCUGUCACAUGCCCGGGUACCUGGGCUGCUUCAUGGAUUCCGGGACGCCCCCAGCCCUCAGUGGUCCCAGCGGCACCUCCACGAAGCUCACCGUCCAGGUGUGCCUUCGCUUCUGUCGCCUGAAGGGCUACCAGUUGGCGGGGGUGGAGGCCGGUUACGCCUGCUUCUGUGGCUCCGAAAUCGACCUGGAGCGAGGGCGGCCAGCCCUUGCCACCGACUGCGACCAGAUCUGCUUUGGCCACCCGGGCCAGCUGUGUGGCGGCGACGGGCGCCUGGGCAUCUAUGAAGUAUCCGUGGGCUCCUGUCAGGGUAACUGGACGGCGCCUCAGGGAGUCAUCUACUCUCCGGACUUCCCCGACGAGUACGGACCGGACCGGAACUGCAGCUGGAACCUAGGCCCGUCCGGCGUCGCGCUGGAGCUGACCUUCCGCCUCUUCGAGCUGGCUGACUCUCGAGACCGGCUGGAGCUGCGGGACGCCACCUCCGGCCGCCUGCUGCGCGUCUUCGACGGCGCCCGGCCCCCGCCGCCUGGGCCCCUGCGUCUGCAGGCCCCCGCACUGAGAGUCACCUUCCGCAGCGAUGCGCGCGGCCAUGCGCAGGGCUUCGCCAUCAGCUACCGGGGCCUGCCGGACACCCCUGAUGGACAGGCAGCCCCCCAGGGUCUGGCCCAGACUCCCGCUGGGGCCCCAGACAGGGUCAACGCCAGCUGCAGCCCCCAGCCCUGGGCUUCGGAGGCAGCGACUGACGCAACCCGCCUCUUCUCCUCGGUGACGCUCGUCUCGGCGCUUCUGCUGAUGCUCUCGCUGCUGCGCCUGCUGUGCCGGAGGAGCCGUCUGUGGGCUCCCGGAAAGGCGCCCAGGACGUUGGGGCCUUCCCGGGGCCCCGGGAGAAGCUGGGCCGUCUGGUAUCGUCGGCCAAGAGGGGUGGCCCUACCCUGCCCGCCUGGAGACCCCCAGGCUGAGGGAACAGCUGCGGGCUACCGGCCCCUGAGCGGGUCCAGCCAGAGUUCCCUUCGCUCCCUCGUCUCCGCUCUCUGA